AUGAAUACAUCACGGCCACUCAAAAUUCUUACCCUAGAUGGUGGUGGGCUCCAGGCACUGGCCACAUUAAGCAGCCUCAAUGCUGUUUGCAGAGCCAUAGCCAAACAGCACGGCGCGGAUCGACCUCCAGCACCACACGAGUUGUUCGACAUCAUCGCUGGUGUCGGCACUGGCGGAUGGAUUGCACUUCUCCUAGGGCGAUACCGACUUGACAUCGCAACAUGCACUGCGAUAUACAUGGAGCUUGCAACAAAAGUUGACCCCGACCCCGACAACGCGUAUCCUGCGACGAGAAAGCGCUUAUUCAAGUUGGAUCAAGAUCGACUCAUCAAGGUGGUUGAGGAAGUCCUCCAACGAUACGGCCUCGAUACUGCUCUACUUCGAGGGGAAAAUUGCUCAACUGAGGGAAGGCCAAAAUUUAACCGAUGCAAAUAUGCGUACGUGUUAUUUGCGGCCGCCGUGGUCCCCUACGAGGACAAUCAGUCUGCAACAUAUGAGCUCUUCAGAUCUUACCAUGCCACAGAGUUCCAAACAGACUUGGUGCUUCACGGACCAGAGCCAGCAGAUUGUCGGAUGCCGGAAGUCUUCGCGGCCACUGGUGCGGCGAAAUUCUUUUUGAACCCGUAUAAGAUUGGAAACACGACCUUCUUCGAUGAGACAUUUCCCCAGUCUCAUCCUAUUUCUUCCGUUGCACUUGAUGAGGCGAAAUGUCUCUACGGUCGUGAGGUCGAGAUCUCGAUCCUGCUGAACAUUGGUCCUGGCAUCCCGGCCGACAAAGAUUGCCAGGAGCUUGAUCUGAUGGCUCUCGAUCCGAUAAGUCGUCUUGUGCGCAGGUUUAGUUGGACCUCCGGAAGACGCCUCUCGCUCCGGCAGAAAUUGUUGUCCAUCGGGAUGCCCCAGCCGACUAUUGAGAAGGGCCCCGGACUCACGAGCCCAAGUGAGAAGGCGCUCAGGCUGGAGGGCCGAAGAAGAGAAGAUAUCAGAGCCACAUUAGAGGAAACAUACGGGCCUUCGGGAGCAGAGAGAUAUCAUCAUCUGGGGCCAGCAUAUUCCGCAGAGCAAGCAUCUCUGAAUGACGUCCAUGCUCUUCGUCUCCCGCGGGGAGACUUUGAUGAUCUGAAGAAACAAAGCAUAGCCGAGGCAGAGGGCAUGGUCAGGAAGGUAUGGUUUAACGCCGCAGCCUGA